CAACUGACAAAAGCGCGGCGCCAUAUUGCGUGCUUGUGUUUGGUUACUGUUCUGGCGCGUGGUCGAGAUUUGUUAUAUUUAAUUAUAUACCAUGUCCGAUAAUCAGGAGCAAAAACCCGAAGCCGGCCCAGGCGACGCGAAUUCUGAAUACAUCAAGCUUAAAGUCGUUGGGAACGACAGCAAUGAAAUUCAUUUUAGGGUAAAGAUGACUACUCAGAUGGGUAAACUCAAGAAAUCGUACAGCGAUCGUGUGGGUGUUCCUAUGACAUCACUCAGGUUUCUUUUUGAUGGUAAAAGAAUUAAUGAUGAUGAAACACCAAAGCAGUUGGAAAUGGAAAAUGAUGAUGUAAUUGAAGUAUACCAAGAACAAACAGGUGGUCACUACUGAAGAAAUUAAAUCUAUUAUUCAGUUUUAAUGUCUUUUAAAGUGAAAGUGACUAUCAUAAAGAAAUGGACAAGUUUAUCAGUAUGUAUAUGUAUGUUAAAAAAGCAUUAUGUAAUUUGGUUUUUUAUGUAACAUUUUGAUGUGCUGUUCUACAUUCCUGUAUUGAGGCAAGUUUAAGGACCAUCAACGAUCAGUUUCAUGCUAUGACACUCAUUCAUCACAAGCAAAACAAAAGAGAAUUAAUGGGAAAAAAAAAAAAAAAAAAUGAAUCAUAUUUUAAUGUUAUCAGAUUUGUCCAUUAGCAAUAUUUGGCAAUGUAUUUGCAUUUUAUAAAUUUCUGAAUUCUUAGAUCUAGACUGUGAGAGAUCCACGUGAGAAAUUUUAGUUUUGUUAUUAUAGCACAGUAACUAUUAUAUGAUGUGAACAUGAUUUAACAAAAUUGUUGCGUUUAAGGUAUAUCUAUAAUAAAAGAAGUAAUUGUAAUAUUUUCUCUUUGCCUUUUCAAUGUAAUUGUAAUGGUAACAGAAAUACUUGCAACUUUGAAAACGUAAUUUAAAAAUAUGAUAAACGGUUAAUUUUUUUUUUCUUUUUCAAUGGUCAUUGGAGUAAUUAAUGCAAUGUAAGUAAUGUAGAUGCUUUUUUGGGAAUUCGAUGUUAUUAUAGAUCAUUUUUAUCGUGUGUGAAAAUAUCUGGUAUUUCAGUGAAAAGGAUAAACAUCAUAACACAUAGAAAUGUUAGUAAUCUGAUCUUUCAAGAAAAACAAUUUGAAUAGUAACAAAGUGAACAAAUUCGCGCUAAAGAUCUGUGGAUUUCAUUCGAAAAUUGUUAUGUCUGUAUAAGCAUCUUCAUUACAUGAUACUCGAUGAUUCAGCGGGGCAUAAUUUCGACAAAUUAUAAUAAAACUUAUUCUUGUACAGAUAAGUAGUACAGUUUUCGUAUACUAACGUGUACAAGUUAGUCGGCAUUUUUCUUUUACUGUCAUAUUUAUAAACAAUGAGUUAAAAAAAAUAAUAAACAUUUAUUGAAAUAAUAAAAACAAUUUAAAUAAUAGGCAUGUCUAUAGUUAGGAAGAAUAAGUAAGGUAUAAUAAUAACAUUAGUAGUAUUCUCUUUUAUGAAAUGUAGAUCGCGUUGAAUGGUAAGAAUGCUCUCAUAUAAAUAGAUUAUCAAUUUCCGUAACGAAGGCAGAAAAUGAUUUUGAUAUAAACAACGUUGUAAUAAUCAUUAGAUCUCUAUGUUUACUGGGUUUCAUCCUAUUCGCAAUCAAAUCUCAUCUCCCAAUAGCA